UGCCUCUAUUCAAGCUCACUGCUAUUGGUGCAUCCUUUACCUAGUGUUCCAACCCAAAAGCACGAGUAUAAAAGCUGAAUAGGUUGACACUCUAAAGCUCAGCACGUCUAGCCUGCUACUCCAAUCCAAGAUGAAGCUCCUCGUUUCUACUGUCUCUGCUGCUCUCCUAGCUCUUCCGGUAUUCUCAAAGACCCUACCCAUUACACUCGACAUUGUGAAUGCCCAGGGCGCACCUGAUGGCUUCAGCCGAAGCAUGGUCACCGCAAAUGGAACGUAUCCCGGUCCUUUGAUCACUGCAACCAAGGGUGAUACUCUCGUUGUCACAAUCAACAACAAGCUCGAUGACGAUACGAUGCGUCGCAGUACUUCUCUGGACUUUGAUGGAAUAUUCGUCAAUACCCCAAACUCGUUCGAUGAAGGAAGCUCCUUUGUGACAACUUGCCCUGUCGCACCUGAUGCAAGCUAUACAUAUACUAUCCCUCUGGUAGACGGCCAAGCUGGAACAUUCUGGUACCACAGUCAACUAAGCGUACAAUAUGUUGAUGGUCUACGCGGAGCACUUAUUGUAUAUGACCCCGAGGAUCCUCUUAAGCAUCUAUACGAUGUUGAUGACGAAAAUACCAUUUGGCAAGUUGGUGACUGGUGGCACAACACCACCCUCCCUCUGCUCGCUGGCUACGUUGCGACUGGUAUUGUCCCAGUCUCCGACAGCGGAACAUUCAACGGUGUUGGAAGAUACAACGGCGGACCCGAUGUCCCAUUCCACGUCGUCAACGUCGUUCAAGGCACUCGAUACCGAUUCCGAAUCAUCAACACAUCUGCGAGGAAUGUAUUCACAAUUUCAAUCGACAGUCACAACAUGACUAUCAUUGAAACUGAUGGUACCCCCACUCAACCCAUGACCGUGAAUUCUAUCGAUAUGCUUGCUGGUCAACGCCACUCCAUUGUCGUUGAAGCUAACCAGCCCGUAGCCAACUACUGGAUCAACGCUCCUUACGUUGGCGGUGAUCCGACCAGGAACUUGAACCAAAACGCCACUCUCUCCCGUGCUAUCUUACGAUACAAAGGUGCGCCUGCGGAAGAUCCUUCUGCCCCGAUGUCACUUGGCCCUGCUGGUGCCGCGUUGAAUGCACUUGUGGAAGCCAAUCUUCGUCCUUUGGUCGCUUCUCCUGCUCCUGAGGCCGACAUAAAUAUCACCCUCAAUCUCGUGGUUACUGCUGGGAAAGCUCAAUGGAACGUCAACAAUGUCAGCUACCUCGCACCGGAAGUCCCUACCCUCGUCAAGAUCCUUGAAGGCGCCAACAGUGCUGACGACUUCAACGUCACUGAAAACACCUUCGUUCUCCCUGCCAACAAGAUUGUACAGGUCAUUUUCCCGCCUAGCAUUGACGACGAGGCGCAUCCCUUCCACUUGCACGGUAACAACUUCUGGCUUAUCAAGUCCAACAGUUCUGAAGAGAUUAACACCCAAAAUCCCAUUAAACGUGAUGUUGCUGGUGUCGGGUCUACGGGCACCAUCAUGCGAUUCUCAACUGCUAAUCCGGGUCCCUGGUUCUUCCACUGCCACAUUUUCUGGCAUUUCCAAGCCGGGCUUGCGACUGUAAUGGCGUCGGGUCUUGAAGAGACGCGCAAGGAAGUUAACCCAACAAAAGCUUGGGAUGCGUUGUGUCCUGCGUACGACGCUCUUCCUGCUGACUUACAAUAAAUAGUCCUAUUUGCCGCAUGUAAAUUUUACUUGGUGAAGAUUGGGUUUUGGGUGUUUGGAUGUUUGGGUCAUACUUCCUGUUUCCUGACCAUCUAUAUCUAUGGUAUUAAGAUAAGAAAAUUGUAUUAUAACUGCACUUCUAACGAAUGAAUGCGUUUACUACAAGUCCGAAUAAUAGUGAAGUCCAGUGCGCUCAUCAUAAAGAACCUGUAGACUGACUACCGUACUUAUUGCUUUCAACUAGCGGUACUGAAGCAGGUGCAUACCGACUUGCGGCAUUUGCGUCAUCCUGGUUAAUGAACCGAGUGGGCCAGAAAAAGCAGUACGUCGUCAUAACAAUCCACAAAGGGAGAGCAUCAAGCAAGAAAAAGUACCCUUCAUGCGUUGCCAAGUAGCCGUUGUAU